CUGGCACUUACGGAUCAAAUCCGAUGCAUAAAUAUUGGUUUCAUCACUCAAUUUUGAAAAUCUGUAAAAUCUGAUGGGCACUCUCAGCAAAAAUCUGGGCAAAAUCUGUGUCUGACCAAUAUCUGGACGAAGGGUCAAAAAUCUUGCUUUUACAGACACAUCUGGGCACCUGGCAACCCAGUUUGACAACCAAGAAAAAUCAUCGGUGUUGCGUUUCGUUUUCCUACUCAAAUUCUUUAUCCAGAUUUAUUAAACGUUUCGUCCGAAUUACGAAUCAUGGAUGUCAUCAACAAACUAUAUUCAUCAGUUUCGCAAACCGUGUCACAGUUAUCAGCGGUGUUACCUGGAAAUCUAGUGACUAGGGAAUACGAUGUCAACACACAAAUCGCCAGUGCAGGUAGAGCAUGUAUGUGGCAAAUUUAUUCUGGAUACAAGCGCUCCACCAAACAAGAGGUGUCUGUUUUCGUACUUGAGAAGAAACAGUUUGACAGAUUCUCGAAAGAUGAUCGUGAGCAAAUUUUCGAAAUCGUCAAACGAGGCAUACAGCAGCUCACGAAGAUUCGUCAUCCGCAAGUGUUAACAGUGGAACAUCCGUUGGAAGAAAGUCGAGAGAGCUUUGCAUUUGCCACCGAACCCGUCUAUGCUAGCUUGGCGAAUAUACUGGGUGACACUGCUAAUCUUCCGCCAAAUGUAAUCAAAGAUCUAGAAACAUUUGAGCUCUACGACAUCGAGAUAAAAUAUGGUAUGUUGCAGUUAUUUGAAGGCAUCCAGUUUCUCCACAACGACGCAAAGCUUAUUCAUCGAAACAUAAGUCCACAAAGCAUCGUUCUGAACAGUAGCGGAAUAUGGAAAAUAUUUGGCUUCGAUUUCAGUGUGAGCAAUGACCAAAAGCACAGAUACGAUUUCAAUCCGAACCAACACAUUUUAACGAUUCCCAGCUUGGAGUACAGUGCACCUGAAUGUGCCCUGGAUAAUUCGUACACCGCUCGUUUGGACCAUUUCUCUAUUGGCGUUCUAAUAUGUGCAAUCUAUAGCAAGAAAUGCUAUCCUUUCAAAACAAUAGACCGGAAUUAUACUACUUUCAAAUCUUUUUCGUCCGAUCUGAGAGCUAAAAAACGAUUGAAUUUCAUGAAUGUGCCCAACGAGAUACAAGCAACUGUUGAAAAGUUGCUAACCUCGUUACCUGAUAUGAGGCCGGAUUUCCCGCAAUUAAUGAAAGUACCGUUUUUUGAUGAUGUCGGCGUUAAAAGCUUGGGCUAUCUCGAUAGUCUAUUUCAAAGAGAUAAUCAAGAAAAGGCAAAGUUUUAUAAAGGAUUACCGCAAAUUAUUGAACGUCUACCGCUUCGUAUAAAUUUGCUAAGAGUUCUUCCGUGUCUCAUCAAGGAAUUUGUCCACCACACCAUGAUACCGUUUGUGUUGCCCAAUGUCUUACUUAUCGCUGAAAAAUGUACCCAAGCUGAGUACGAAAAAUACAUAUUUGUCCACCUGAAACCUAUUUUAAGUCUACGGGAUCCGGUACAAAUACUGCUUAUUUUUAUGCAAAACAUGGAGCUGCUACUAAAGCUAACACCCCCGAACGAUGUCAAAUUAUACGUCUUACCAAUGGUCUACAAAGCAUUGGAAUCGAAUUCAAAGCAGAUUCAAGAACUGUGUCUGGCUGUCCUGCCGUCAUUCGCAAGUUUAGUGGAUUAUCCUUCGAUGAAAAAUGCUCUCCUACCUCGAAUAAAAAAUCUCUGUAUCCUCUGUAAUAUCACGUCUUUACGAGUCAAUUGCUUGCUGUGUAUAGGGCAGCUCUUGCCACAUUUGGACAAAUGGCUAGUUCUGGACGAUGUUUUGGUUUUCCUUCCUACAAUUCCAACACGAGAACCAGCUGUUAUUAUGGCGAUUAUCGGAAUUUAUAGAAUAUCAUUAAACCAUGAACUGUUGGGUAUACCUAAGGAGUUUGUCGUUAACAAGGUAUUGCCGUUCUUAUGGCCACUUUCGAUUGAAAACGGACUCACGCUCCAACAGUACAAGUCUAUAAUGCAACUUAUAAAAGAACUGGAGCAUAAAGUUGAACAAGAACAUCUGAAAAAGUUGGAGCAACUCAGUACAGAUGACACAGCUUCGCCAAUAGAUAUUAUAGCACCAUCUAAAAUCGAAAUGGAUUACAAGGCAGAACUACUUCACGGAAAACAACGAAAUAACGAUCUCAGUUCUAUGCAAAUUGAUUUAAAACCGUUGCAAGUGUCCAACAAACCACCGGUUGCGGUCAAUAGCUCUAUACAACCUCAACUUUUCAUGUCAGUCAAGCCACAAACUGCACUAAUGCCUGUGAACGUGUGUGCUGUUGCCAGCAAACCAACACAGAAUCCCAUGGUGCUGACCGCGAGUAGUAAUCAGUUUGCUUUCAAUAACGUUAUGAACAACAAUCUGAGCGGCAACAGCAUGUCCUUUAAUUCAAUCUCCCCCCAAUCAACGAACUAUUCACACGCAUUCAGUAGCUACUCUGAUUCAGCCUCCUUACUUAAGCCGAUUUCGACGAGUACCUUCAAACCAAACACGGCUCAGUCGAGUACAAUUCUAUCGAAAGAAGAUAUCAUGGAGUUUUUAAAAUAAAGGUUUAUAUCUUAAGUUAUUCCUGUGGCAAUUUGUAA